CUUGGUAUUUUAUCCAGUAUGCUUGCUACUCACAGAAGCUGAGAAAUGGCUCUUCAAGCUCACCUUUCAAUCUCCUCCAAACCAUCAACGCCACAACCCCCGCGACCUAUCUCCUCUGCCUCCCCUCGGACCACCUGGUCGGCUUCAUGCGGAACCCGACGCUUCAAAUGCUCGGCCAGCCAGGCUGGGUUCUUCACGCGGCUGGGCCGGUUGAUAAAAGAGAAGGCUAAGAGUGACGUCGAGAAAAUCUUCUCGGGCUUCUCCAAAACCCGCGACAACCUCGCCGUAAUCGAUGAGCUCCUCCUCUACUGGAACCUCGCCGACACUGACCGCGUCCUUGAUGAGCUCGAGGAGGCUCUAUUGGUAUCUGAUUUCGGGCCAAGAAUCACAAUUAAGAUUGUGGAGAGCUUGCGUGAAGAUAUACUAGGAGGGAAGCUCAAAUCAGGUAGCGAGAUAAAGGAUGCUUUGAAGCAGAUUGUGUUGGAUUUGUUAACUAAGAAAGGAAGCAAGACGGAGCUUCAGCUUGGCUUCAGAAAACCGGCUGUGAUUAUGAUUGUUGGCGUCAAUGGAGGUGGAAAGACAACAUCUCUGGGAAAGCUGGCUUAUAGAUUGAAGAAUGAAGGAGCAAAGAUACUGAUGGCUGCAGGCGAUACUUUCAGGGCUGCUGCUACCGAUCAGUUGGAGAUAUGGGCUGAAAGGACCAGCUGUGAGAUUGUUGUGGCUGAAAGGGAGAAUGCCAAAGCAUCAUCUGUUCUUUCACAGGCUGUUAAAAGAGGAAAAGAACAAGGUUUUGAUGUUGUUCUGUGUGACACAUCUGGACGUCUUCACACUAAUUACAGCCUGAUGGAAGAGUUAAUAGCAUGCAAAAAAGCUGUUGCGAAAAUCGUUCCUGGCACACCUAAUGAGAUCCUUCUAGUUCUGGAUGGCAACACUGGUCUGAAUAUGCUCCCACAAGCUAGAGAGUUCAAUGAAGUUGUCGGUAUAACUGGGUUCAUUUUGACGAAACUCGAUGGAUCUGCAAGAGGUGGUUGUGUGGUCAGUGUGGUUGAUGAGCUUGGUAUACCUGUUAAGUUUGUGGGUGUUGGUGAAGGUGUAGAAGACCUCCAGCCCUUCGACGCUGAAGCCUUUGUUAACGCUAUAUUUUCGUGAGGUGACAUGACCUGAAACAUCUACACUAUCACACAAUCCAUGAUCCUCAAAAAGUGCCCUGCUGGUGGGGCUGUUAACUGGUCCGGUCAUGGCUCACGACAGUUUUCAUAUCUGGUUUAGCAGUUAUUCAAAGUUACAGGCAUUGUGCAACAGCCAACUAAUUCGAUGAUCGUGUAACAAUUUGUUGAUCCCAAAUCCAGUUGAGUAAAAUUUUCACCCCUCCUUUUACAGGUCCCGGUGGUCAGCUGUAAGCCUGUAACCUCGUUGUAAUCUGAAUUUUGUGUUGAACAAAUUUUUUUUAUUAUAUAUUAUGAAUGUGUCUUGAUUACGAGUCUA